AUGAGUGAGAAAGGCAAGCCCCCAUUUUACCCUCGCUACUGUUUUCACCUCGCGCCGACCGUGAACCAAUGGUGCUUGUUUCGUGUAACCGAUAUACAUGACCUUGACCAACAUGGAGGUUUUGAAGGUGAAAAGUUCUACUUCUAUGAGAACCUUCCCAUCAAAUGGGUGCGCAUAGUCGGGUUAGUCGUCGCCAUUGACGAGUUCCCGGGCAGGCGUAUAUACACCGUGGAUGAUAGCAGUGGUGCAAAUAUUGAGUGCAUUGUUGCAAUGCCAAUUCUCGCGGGAGGGAACAGCAACGCAACGACAGCAGGAGAUACUUCAAAGAAGGCGGGUAUGGACUCGCCCUUAACUUCCAACCCCUUCCCAGAUGUCGACGUCGGAUCUGUUGUAGACGUCAAGGGAGGCCUUUCCACUUUCAGAGACGAGCGACAGCUCACUAUUGAAAAGAUGGUUGUUCUACAAAGUACCGCGCAGGAGGUUACGCUCUGGGAAAAGAGGGUCAGAUUCCAGUCUGAUGUUCUCUCUAAACCGUGGGUGUUGCGAAAAAGUGAAAUUCGCAGAUGCCGUCACGAAGCCGAGCGGAGUGAACAGGAAGCCGAGAGGAAACGGAAACGGAUCAAAGGGAUUGUCGAGUCUCGAACGGCCAAGCAGGUGCCAAAGCUGGUGGACCAGAAUAAACCCAGCAUCAAGGAGCGGCAGCCAAGCAAGGAAACACGUCUAGAUCUCCGGCAGAUCAUCGAGCAAGGGGGAAGAGGCAAAUACGAUGCGUUGGGGUUGUGA